GUACAGCUGAAAAGGUGCAGAAAAGGCAUCGUUAGCAUCCAGGUUGAGCGAGGUCUUGUCAUCUUCCAUGGUUAUCCUGUCUCUCUCUUCAUCAUUCCGAAGCACCAUAAGAACUUGCUUCGAGUUUGAGUUCGUUCUUUCCACUCUGAUUGUCCUUCUUCUAAUUAAGUAUCCACCAUUGAAGAAGGAAGCCUUCUCGAUUUCAGCAUCUCUGAUCUCUCUUGAUCAGGCUACAAACAAUUCAGAGAUAAAAGAUGAAGCGAAUGGUAUCCAAAAAAUCUCACUCCUGGUGGUGGGACAGCCAUAUCAGUCGCAGGAACUCAAAAUGGCUAGAGGAAAAUCUUGAGAAGAUGGAUGGAAGUGUUAAACAAAUGCUUAAACUGAUCGAAGAGGAAGGGGAAUCCUUUGCGAAGAAGGCCGAGAUGUAUUACCAAAGGCGUCCUGAGUUGAUCUCCUUUGUUGAGGAUUUCUACCGCAUGUAUCGUGCUCUCGCUGAGCGUUAUGAUCAAGUCACUGGAGAUCUCCGCAAGAACAUCGAAUCCGAACUCAAAUCUCAAGGUUCGGGAAGUGGAAGAAGUUCGGACAUGUCGAGGAAGGGGAGUGAGGGAUCAGAUUCAUCAUCAUCUGAACCUGAUUCAGAAUCGGAGUUCGAUGCCAUUGAUGUGAACAGUGACAAAGCUUCCCUGAGGCUUCAACACAGAGUCCAUGAACUAGAAACAGAGCUUUCCGAGUUGAAGGGAAAACUCGAGGCAAAAGAAAAGAGUGACCAUGACGCAGCUGAAAUGGAGAUUGUGAACCUUAAACAGAAGCUCGAGGAAGCUAACAAUAAUUUGCAAAUGAAGGAGACUGAGCUCGGUUUGGCGGAGAAGAAGACUGCUGAAUUGGAGGAGCGAGUCGAGUUUCUGAAGGGAGCAGCUGCUGCAGCUGCUGAGAAGUUUCAAACUGACUUGUCGAACGAGGCUUUGGCGAUCGAAGAAUAUGAAAAUGAGUUAGCUAAUGAAAGGGAAAAGUUCUUGAAGGAGAAGUCUAGCCUUGAAGAACAGAUUCUCCAACUCGAAAAUGCUAACAUGGAUAGAGUGAAGCACAUUUCUGAGCUUGAUGAGGGAAUUGUUUCUUUAAAGGCAACAGUCGGGAUGCUCACAGCUGACAAAGUUGCUCUCAUUGGUGAACUUAAAUGUCGGCACGACCGAGUUAUCGAAAUGGAGCAGCAAUUUCAUCAGCUCCAAAUGGAAUAUGCAAACUUGAACAAGGAGAAAGAAGAACUCAAUGAAGAGGUGGACAGACAGAAGAUUGUGAUCUCUGAUGUCGCCGAGCGGAAGAGGGAAGCAAUUCGACAACUCUGUUUCUCGAUUGAGCAUUAUCGCGACAACUAUUGUCGUCUUCUUGGAUUGCUCCAAAAUCACAAGCGAUCGGCCAUGGUAGCAAAUUGAUCAGCUUUUCUCGGAUCAGGUUGAGAAAAUCCUGUCUUGUGAGUUGCUGCUAUUUUCUGAUAUCCUGAGUAUCUUUGUGUUGCUCCUAAAUCUAUUCUGAAGUUGUGUAUCAUAUUGUGGUUAAAUGGACCGGUUGGAUGAGGAUUUUGUAUGUAAGAAUAUUGAGUUGAUCCAAAGCUUUGCCUCGUGAACUAUAUUUUAACAGCA